AAUCAAUUAGCAAAUUACAGAAUAUAUGCAGUGGGUUCGGAAAGUAUUCAAACCCCUUCCGUUUUGUACCUCCGUGUGGUAUAGAUUUAAGUUAAAAUGUAUUAAAGGCAUUUUGUAGAUAGUGGAUUUAAUGCUAGAGAUUUGAUUUGGCAGCGCGUGCGGCUCUCUGGCGCCCUCUGCUGUUCCGCCGCGGUCAUUAGCAGCGAGCUAACGGCAGCAACGGUCGUCUUCAGAGGCAGAAACAUGGCUGAAAACGCCCUACAUUUUAAUACAUACAGAAAUUCCCUUUUUUCUGAAACUGUAAAACAAAAAACAACAAAUGAGAGAGGCGUUAUUCACAGAUUGGUUUAUGUGGCAAAAAUAAACCAGGACUGGAUAAGUGAAAGGGAUAAAUGCAGUGCAGUAACUGAAUACUUUGAAGAGUUUCUAUCCAAAUUGCAGAAAAAAACCCCGAGAGAGGUUGUUACUGGGUUACUCCUGGUGUACUCUAAAUCCAUCAUCCAUCUGUUAGAGUCCACAUCUGAAGUGCUCACACAGAUCCUGAAAAACCUGAGUGAAAUGGAGGAAGGCUCUAACUCUUUACUGAAGGAUUGCAGGAUACUGGUGGUUUCUCACUGCCUGCCAGUUCGACUGUUCUCCUCAUGGAGCUGCCGAAUGAUAAAGGUGCCUGUGAGGCAGACAGAUGCAGCUGAACACACACAGCCAGUUGAGCUGCUCGUCUCACACAGCCUCGCAAUGAUUUACAAAUACUGCACAUAUCUGCUAAAGGGUAUUCGUGAAGGGCAAGACACAAAGGAACAGGCUCAUGUGCUGGAAGAGGAAACCAUUAUUCACCUCUGCCAGAGCCAAGUAUUACAUUCUCCCAAUACCUUCCUUAAGAGCUACACAAAGCCAGUAAACAUCCUCAUGGACACAGAAAUUGUGUGGCCAACCAGUCAUCGACUCUACUGGAAGAGAGAGUGGUAAAGAACAAAAGACCCUUAGAAUGCAACAAGGAAUAUUUACAAAGGAAGAAGUCACUGAAGCACAUAAUUAAAAACCAUAAAAGGAGUUGGUAUUGUGCUUUAUUAAUUAAUCGUAAAGCAGUAAUAGCAAGCCUUUUGGUCCCCCCCCCCCCCUAAAUUUC